AUGUCUGCCCCCGAGAUUCCCACCGAACAAUGGGCCCAGGUCAUCGAGAAGACCGGCGGACCCGUCAUCUAUAAGAAGAUUCCCGUCCAAAAGCCUGCUUCUGAUGAGGUUCUGAUCAACAUCAAAUACUCCGGUGUCUGUCACACCGACCUGCACGCCAUGAUGGGCGAUUGGCCUCUCGACACCAAGCUUCCUCUCGUCGGUGGACACGAGGGUGCCGGUAUCGUUGUCGCGCGCGGCGAGCUUGUCAAGGAUGUCGAAAUUGGCGACUACGCGGGUGUCAAAUGGUUGAACGGCUCUUGUCUUGCCUGCACCUUCUGUCAAGACGCCGAUGAGCCUCUUUGUCCUCAUGCUCUCCUCUCCGGCUACACCGUCGACGGCAGCUUCCAGCAGUACGCCAUCGCCAAGGCGGCCCACGUUGCGCGUAUCCCCAAGGACGUUAGCCUCGAGGCCGUUGCCCCCAUUCUCUGCGCCGGUAUCACCGUCUACAAGGGACUCAAGGAGUCCGGCGUCCGCGCCGGCCAAUGGGUUGCCAUCGUCGGUGCCGGCGGUGGUCUCGGCUCUCUAGCCCUCCAGUACGCCAAGGCCAUGGGCCUUCACACCGUCGCUAUCGACGGCGGGGCCGAGAAGGGCGAGAUGUGCAAGAAGCUCGGCGCCACCGAGUUUGUCGACUUCACUACCUCGAGCAACCUCGUCGAGGACGUCAAGAAGGCCACCCCUGAGGGCCUUGGUCCCCAUGCCGUCAUCCUUCUCGCCGUCAGCGAAAAGCCCUUCCAGCAGGCCACCGAGUACGUCCGCUCCCGCGGCACCGUCAUCUGCAUCGGCUUGCCCGCCAACGCGUACCUGCGCGCGCCCGUCUUCGAUACCGUCGUCCGCAUGAUCAACAUCAAGGGCAGCUACGUCGGCAACCGCAAGGACACGGCCGAAGCCAUCGACUUUUUCCGCCGCGGCCUCAUCAACGCCCCUUACAAGACCGUCGGUCUGAGCCAGCUCGGCGAGGUAUUUGACUUGAUGAAAAAGGGCCAGAUCGCCGGCCGCUACGUCGUCGACACCAGCAAAUGA